CCUCCCCUCGCGAUAAGAAGACCCGGCGGCCGGAGAGGGGGAUGAAGAUGGCGGACGCGAAGCAGAAGCGGAACGAGCAGCUGAAGCGCUGGAUCGGCUCCGAGACGGACCUCGAGCCGCCCGUGGUGAAGCGCCAGAAGACCAAGGUGAAGUUCGACGAUGGCGCCGUCUUCCUGGCGGCCUGCUCCAGCGGGGACACGGACGAGGUGCUCGAGCUGCUGCACCGCGGCGCCGACAUCAACUACGCCAAUGUGGACGGACUCACUGCCCUGCACCAGGCAUGCAUUGAUGAUAAUGUUGAUAUGGUGAAAUUUCUGGUGGAAAAUGGAGCAAAUAUUAAUCAACCUGAUAACGAGGGCUGGAUACCACUACAUGCAGCUGCUUCCUGUGGAUAUCUUGAUAUAGCAGAAUUUUUAAUUGGUCAAGGAGCACAUGUAGGAGCUGUCAAUAGUGAAGGUGACACACCUUUAGAUAUUGCUGAAGAGGAGGCAAUGGAAGAGCUACUUCAAAAUGAAGUUAAUCGACAAGGGGUCGAUAUAGAAGCAGCCCGUAAAGAAGAAGAACGAAUAAUGCUUCGGGAUGCAAGACAGUGGCUCAAUAGUGGCCACAUCAAUGAUGUUAGACAUGCAAAGUCUGGUGGUACUGCCCUCCAUGUAGCAGCCGCCAAAGGCUACACAGAAGUUUUAAAACUCUUACUACAGGCAGGCUAUGAUGUAAAUAUUAAAGAUUAUGAUGGCUGGACACCUCUUCAUGCUGCAGCUCAUUGGGGUAAAGAAGAAGCCUGUCGCAUUCUAGUGGACAAUCUUUGUGAUAUGGAGAUGAUCAACAAAGUGGGUCAGACUGCCUUUGAUGUAGCAGACGAAGACAUUCUAGGAUAUUUAGAAGAACUGCAAAAGAAACAAAAUCUGCUCCAUAGUGAAAAGCGAGAAAAGAAGUCUCCAUUAAUUGAGUCUACAGCCAAUAUGGAUAACAACCAGUCACAAAAAGCAUUUAAAAAUAAAGAUUUAAAAAUAAUUUUAAAAAUAAUUGAGCCAGAGAAAAAUGCAACUAGUAUUGAAUCUCUGGAGCACGAAAAGGCAGAUGAGGAAGAAGGCAAGAAAGAUGAAUCCAGUUGUUCUAGUGAAGAAGAUGAGGAAGAUGACUCAGAAUCAGAAGCUGAAACCGAUAAAACAAAACCAAUGGCAUCUGUUACUAACACCAAUACCUCCAAUGUGCCAGCAGCUCCUAUAGCUGUCACAACACCUACCUUGUCUUCUGGCCAGGUGACACCUACAUCACCCAUUAAAAAGCAGUUUCCAACUUCUACAAAGGUUUCUCCAAAAGAAGACGAGAGGAAAGAUGAAUCCCCAGCUUCGUGGCGGCUUGGUCUCAGAAAGACGGGCAGCUAUGGUGCCCUCGCAGAAAUCACGGCCUCUAAAGAAGCCCAGAAAGAGAAGGACUCGUCGGGGGUCAUGCGCUCAGCCUCCAGCCCCAGGCUUUCUUCUGCACUGGACAAUAAAGAGAAGGAGAAAGAUAAUAAAGGAACAAGACUUGCAUAUGUUACACCUACAAUACCUAGGCGUCUGGCCAGUACAUCUGACAUUGAGGAGAAAGAAAACAGAGAUUCUUCAAGCUUACGAACAAGUGGUUCAUAUACAAGAAGAAAAUGGGAAGACGAUAUCAAGAAGAAUAGCUCAAUUAAUGAAGGAUUAUCAUCACUCGGGCCACCGUAUCAUAGAAGUGUUCCAAGCACCACAUCAACACCAACAGUUACCUCUGCCGCUGGGCUCCAGAAAAGCCUACUUUCAAGCACAAGCACUACCCCAAAGGCUGCGAGCAGCUCCUCUCCAGCAGUCACACAAAGCAGUACCUCACAUCGUUUGUGGGCUGAGGAUAGUGCUGAAAAAGACAAGGACAGUGUUCCCACGGCAGUGACCAUUCCUGUUGCACCAACUGUUGUAAAUGCUGCCGCUUCUACCACAGCCUUGACUACAACUACUGCUGGCACUGUGUCCUCAACAUCAGAGAUCAGGGAGAGACGCAGAUCAUACCUCACUCCAGUUAGGGACGAAGAGUCUGAAUCCCAAAGAAAAGCAAGAUCAAGGCAAGCAAGACAGUCUAGAAGAUCAACACAGGGAGUGACACUGACUGAUCUUCAGGAAGCUGAAAAAACUAUAGGAAGAAGUUGAACUACUUGAACCAGAGAACAAGAAAGUGAAGAAAAAGAAAAAGAAGAAAAAGAAAAACAAGACAAAGAAAAGCAAGAAGACAAAAAAGAGUCAGACACUUCCAGAGAAGAUGAAUAUAAACAGAAAUACUCCAGGACAUAUGAUGAGCCCUAUCAGCGUUAUAGACCAGUGUCAACCUCAAGUUCAACUACUCCAUCAUCCUCUUCACUUUCCACCAUCAGCAGUUCUCUCUAUACUCCAAGUCAAUUAAACAGGCCAAAUAGUCUUAUAGGUAUAACAUCUGCUUAUUCCAGAGGUUUAACAAAAGAUAAUGAAAGAGAUGGUGAAAAAAAAGAGGAAGAAAAAGAAGGAGAAGAUAAAUCGCAAUCUAAAUCAAUAAGAGAGCGACGACGACCAAGGGAAAAACGAAGAUCGACUGGUGUUUCAUUUUGGACCCAAGAUAGUGAUGAAAAUGAACAGGAACAACAGUCUGAUUCAGAAGAGGGAUCAAAUAAAAAAGACUCUCAGACUGAUUCCCUUUCAAGACAUGACCCAGCUUCCACAUCAUCUACUGAACGUUGUGAUUCCCUGCUGAGUCGAUCUGGGUCUUACAGUUACUUGGAAGAAAGAAAACUUUACUCUAGCAGACUAGAAAGAGAAGAUUCAACUGACUUUAAAAAGCUUUAUGAACAAAUCCUAGCUGAAAAUGAAAAACUGAAAACACAGCUACAUGAUACAAAUAUGGAACUGACAGAGCUUAAACUACAGUUGGAAAAGGCCACCCAGAGACAAGAAAGAUUUGCUGACAGGUCACUUUUGGAAAUGGAAAAAAGGGAACGAAGAGCUCUAGAAAGAAGAAUAUCUGAAAUGGAAGAAGAACUCAAAAUGCUACCAGACCUGAAAGCAGACAACCAGAGGCUAAAAGAUGAAAAUGGGGCCUUGAUCAGAGUUAUAAGCAAACUUUCCAAAUAAAAGAAAAGCAGCAAGUAAUGACAUUGCACAUACUAAAACCCCAGUGGACCAUAGUUGGCAGUCACGGGAUUCAUGGGGAAAGAAUCCUUCAAGGCUGUCAUUUUCAAAUAUCCUGCCAAAUGCCCUUUUAUCUGUGGGUUAUUUUAUGGGGUUUGUUUUUGACGUUUUUUGAUUUUUAAAAAAAUUUUUUUUCUUUUGGUUUUGGUUUUUUGGUUUUGCUUCAUUUUUGCACCAAGACCAUUGUUUCAUGUUAAUGCAGCUGCUGAAAAGAUGAAAAUGACUGAGAAAUCUUGUUUACAGCUACAACAUAUAUAAGGAAAGUGUUCAAGGCCAGAUGCGCCUCAGAUAUUUAACCAGUAAGCCUUAGUUGUACAGAAACACUUUUGCAUCAACAAAAGCUUUCAGCUCUCACAGAAGACAGUUACUCAACAUGUUUUUUUGAUGUUGUGCCACAGCUUCCAGUUUUCUUCUAUUCCAUUUUUUGUUGUUGUUUUAAAUCUUAAGUUUGGAUUUGCCUUUCUCCCUUCUUAACUAUUCAUGUGCCAGACCUCCCCCAGCCCCUUGUACAGUGUUUUCACAGCUUCGUCAUUUGCAAAGAACACGCCUUCUAAAGUACAUCCUUGUAUAGUGAUAUAGUAUUGUGUUGUUUAGCCACCUGGAACAGAAAUUCUUGGUGGAACAUUUGCUUUCACUGUUGGUGCAAUAUGCAUUUAUUUCUUAUAUGAAAUGCUUUAACGUCAAUUCAAAUUAGAAUUCCACAAAUCCUAUUUUCUGCUUUCAUUGGUCAUGUUUUUUG